UCAUUAUCUUACUCUCAUUCUAUAAGUAAACUAGAAGACUAUUUAAUUACCUGAAAAAUAAUGGCACAGGCGAUGCUGAGGUCUUCUUUACAAGGAGAGAUUGAGGCAGAUGUUGAGAUCAAAGCUCCGGCUACGAAAUUCUAUCACGUGUUCGCAGUAAGACCACAGGAUGUGCCUAAAGCCUCUCCUAAUAACAUCCAGGGAGCCAGUGUGCAAGAGGGAGAGAUGGGCAGAGUUGGCACUCGUGUCACCUGGAACUAUGUUCUUGAUGGGAAGCCAAAAGUGGCCAAGGAUAGGAUCGAGGCUGUGGAGCCCAAGAAGAAUAUUAUAAAGUACAGAGUGAUAGAGGGAGAUCUGAUGAAAGACUUCAAGAGCUUCCUAUUCACGGUCCAGGUGACCCCGAAGCAAGGAGGACAUGGAAGUGUGGUGAAGUGGAACAUGUCAUACGAGAAGAUUGAUGAAAACGUGGCUCAUCCGGAGAGUCUUCUACAACUCUGUGUCAACAUGAUUAAAGACAUCGACAAAAUGCUUGUCUAAGGAAUAGAUCCUAGUCAAAUAUCUAUAAAUAUAUAUAUCUUUAUGUAUUUGGAUGUUUUAUAUCAAUAAUGUGCUCUCUCUAGAUGUAAAGAGAUGUGAGUGAUAUGAAAGUGUGUUAUCAGAUCACAGUAAAGACAACUUAUUUCGCAAGUUAAAAAA